CGGGGCGGGAGACGGCAACAGGGAAUAGCCCAGGUAGUGCAGCUUCCACUGCGGCCGAGAUCGGAGAGCACCCCGGUGGGCGGCUGGCCAGGCAGGGCGGGACAGCUCGCUGAGUUGUCAGAGCUGGGUUCGGUCGACUGGGGUGUGAGUUGUGUUGGGUUGAGUUCACGGGGCUUUAGUCGAGUUGGUUUGACGGGGAUUGUUGACAGGAGGGGGUGUUGAGUCGGGUUGACAGUAGGGGGUUGAGUUGGAUUGUAAGAGGAUUGGAGUGAGUUGUGAUUUAGUGGUGCUUUUGCCCCACCUGAUGGGCACCCUGUCGGGGUGAAUCCGUUCCAUCGAGAAGGAAGUUCUAAGCAACGGGGAGGCGACCAGCAAGUUCUCGGAAGGAGCGACCAGACAGAAGAGACAACAGGAUCCUCUUCACUUGAGUGUGGAACGAGCUGCCAACAGGAGUGGUAGUUGGAGUUUCAGUUGUAACAUUCGGACAGGUUGCCAUGGCGAUGCUUGGAGGGAGUGCAGCAUCCUUUCCGAUGAGUAACCACACAAGGGAGAGGGUUACUGUUGCCAAGCUCACACUGGAAAAUUUCUACAGUAACCUGAUCACACAGCACGAAGAGAGAGAGAUGAGGCAGGUGCAAUUGGAGAAAGCAAUGGAGCAGGAAGGACUGGCUGAUGAGGACAAACAAAUGCGAAGGACACAGCAUGCCCAGAAGGAGACAGAAUUUCUCCGCCUCAAGAGAACCAGGCUGGGUCUGGAUGACUUUGAGUCUCUGAAGGUCAUUGGAAGAGGCGCCUUUGGAGAGGUUCGCCUUGUGCAGAAGAAGGACACUGGGCACAUUUACGCCAUGAAGAUCCUGCGAAAGGCCGACAUGUUGGAAAAGGAGCAGGUGGCUCACAUUCGGGCAGAGAGGGACAUCCUCGUGGAGGCAGACAGUGCCUGGGUGGUCAAGAUGUUCUACAGCUUCCAAGACAAGCGGAACCUCUAUCUAAUCAUGGAGUUUCUGCCUGGAGGUGACAUGAUGACGUUGUUGAUGAAGAAGGACACGCUGUCUGAAGAGGAGACUCAGUUUUACAUCGCGGAGACGGUGCUGGCCAUCGACUCCAUCCACCAACUGGGCUUCAUCCACAGGGACAUUAAACCUGACAACCUCCUUUUAGACAGCAGGGGACAUGUGAAGCUCUCUGACUUUGGGCUCUGUACGGGGUUGAAGAAAGCUCACCGCACCGAGUUCUACCGUAACCUCACACGAAACCCACCCAGUAACUUCACUUUCCAGGACAUGAACUCGAAACGAAAGGCAGAGACUUGGAAGAAGAACAGACGACAGCUGGCUUAUUCUACAGUUGGCACCCCUGAUUAUAUUGCCCCAGAGGUGUUCAUGCAGAAUGGAUAUAACAAGCUCUGUGAUUGGUGGUCGCUGGGCGUCAUCAUGUAUGAAACUCUGAUAGGCUAUCCCCCCUUCUGCUCGGAGACCCCUCAGGAAACUUACCGGAAAGUGAUGAACUGGAAGGAAACUUUGACAUUCCCUCCAGAGUUUCCAGUCUCUGAGAGAUCAAGGGAUCUGAUUCUCAGGUUCUGCUGUGGAGCUGGGGACAGAAUUGGUGCUGGUGGCGUGGACGAAAUUAAAAACCACCCAUUCUUCGAAGGGAUAGACUGGGAACACAUCAGAGAGCGCCCAGCGGCAAUUCCCAUCGAGAUAAGAAGCAUAGACGACACUUCCAAUUUUGAUGAUUUUCCUGACUCUGGUAUCUUGCAGCCAGUGCCAAAUGAGUCUGAAUCUGACUAUAAAUCUAAGGACUGGGUCUUCAUCAACUAUACCUACAAACGGUUUGAGGGCCUGACAGCCCGGGGAACCAUCCCAUCCUACAUGAAGUCAGAGAAGCUAUGAAGGUGCGGUGAUGUUCCAGGGAUCUACAGCAACCUGACACUUGCCCUCCUGAAGAGAUCCCUCUUCACAUCCAGAACAUCCAAAUCGAUGAAAAUCCCUCUGGAUUAGGAGUUUCUGUGCCACCAGAACGUACUUACUAGUGAUGGUUCAGUCUACGCCAUAAUGUUCCUGGAUUCUCUCCUUUUGCACUGAGAACAGCAGUUUUGGCUGUUUGCUCUCUGCCUGGUGCUUCAGCACUGGUGAAAUGGUCGCAUCGUCGCCAUUCUGUGUAGCUGAGUGAGACGGCAUUACCUACAGAUAAUCGCCUCUGAACGGAGAGCUGGGCAGCAUGGUAGCAAAGUGGCUAGUGGGACACUUUACAGUUCUAACGAUCAGGGCUCAACCCUCACCCUACCUGUGCAUUCUCCCUGUAAACGCAUGGAUUUUCCUCCCACGCUCCGAAACAAUGCACGAAAUAGUAAGGGUUAAUAAGCUGUGGGUGUGGUAUAUUGGCACAGGAAGUGUAGCAACACUCGC